GACACUUAAGUCUUACUGGAUCACCAAAGGCAGCUCUUUCAGCACCACUGUAUCCAAACAGGAGACGGAGCUCACUCCUGACAUGAUUGCUACAGGCAGCUGGAAGGAGAAGAAGUUUAAACCCUAUAAUUUUGAGGCCAUGGGCGUAGCCCCGGACUGUGGUCACCUGCACCCCCUGAUGAAGGUGCGAACACAGUUCAGACAGAUCUUCCUGGAGAUGGGUUUCAGCGAGAUGCCGACCAACAACUUCAUAGAAAGCUCUUUCUGGAACUUUGACUCGCUGUUCCAGCCGCAGCAGCACCCAGCGAGGGACCAGCAUGACACCUUCUUCCUGUCUGACCCCGCGCUCGCCCACGAGUUCCCUCCAGACUACCUGGACCGAGUGAAGCGGGUCCACUCAGAAGGAGGUUACGGUUCACAAGGGUACAAAUAUGAUUGGAAGAUAGAGGAGGCUCAGAAGAACAUCCUCCGAACUCACACUACGGCUGUCAGUGCACGGAUGCUCUAUAAACUGGCUCAACAGGAGAAGUUUACCCCCGUCAAAUAUUUCUCCAUCGACCGGGUGUUCAGGAACGAGAGCCUAGAUGCCACCCAUCUAGCAGAGUUUCAUCAGAUAGAAGGCGUGGUGGCCGACUAUGGGCUGACUCUGGGAGACCUCAUGGGCAUCCUUCACCAGUUCUUCACCAAGCUAGGAAUUACCAAACUGCGCUUCAAGCCAGCUUACAACCCUUACACAGAGCCCAGCAUGGAAGUGUUCAGCUAUCAUGAAGGACUCGAAAAGUGGGUGGAAGUAGGAAAUUCAGGCGUCUUCAGACCAGAGAUGCUGCUGCCCAUGGGCCUCCCUGAGGACGUGUCUGUGAUAGCCUGGGGCCUUUCUCUGGAGAGGCCCACCAUGAUUAAAUACGGCAUCAACAACAUCAGAGAGCUGGUGGGACACAAGGUCAACCUUCAGAUGGUCUACGACAGCCCCAUAUGUCGACUGGACUCCUGAGCGUCAGCCCAGUUCCAACAACUCCUAAUGGACUCGUUUUACUUUUGUACACCUGGACAGAGAACCCCCCCACCACCACCACCUCCACCCCCGGUUAGUUUCAGACUAAAACCUGUCGGCUCGUUACGACUCUUUACCUCCCAGAAGCUGCAUCCAGCAUCAUCUCGCCCAAAUGAUUACAUGAAAUGAUCGUGUACGGGAAAAGCAAAGCUACUUUUGUCAGAAUAAACAGUUUUAUAA